AUCGUCGCGAGAGAUAUCUCCCAACUCUCAACAAACCACCGGGCCUCAUCUCACCCAACAUGUGCCACAAAGCAGCAUGUCCCGUCUGCCGUAAGUUCACUUGCUAUCCUAUCACUUGCGGCCCAUCUCUUCCUUCAUUCCCGGCUCUUCCGGUCCCUACCUAGAUAGGUAUCCAUCCUUGGUUCGUUGCUUGCUUGAUUGCUUGCUUGGGUCACAGCCUCAUCAACCCACAAACCAACAGCGACAUACCAAACACAAACAGGAAUCUUUCUGCUCACACACCAUCCCCUCCUCCGUCUUACUUACCUACCAGGUCAUGGGCAUCAAUCAAUCCUGCUUGUCUAACGUACCUACUUGCCGUACCUCUACCUACCUACCUAUCCCGUCCUCACUUUUGGCCCACUCACUUUGAUGAACAAUGAAAUCUUCCUUUGCCGACUCUGCCGACUCCCGUCGCUGAUGAACAUUUCGUACGUAGACGGCGUAACUUGGGUAGGCUGCGGCCACCACGUCCCCAAGAUCAUGGAUGGCGUGCCGAAAGAGGAGUGGUGCAAGUGCGAGCCUAAGAUCGAGAAGGAGGGACAUCAGUAUCCGCCCAAGGGAUCGGUGACGGGGGUGUGUAUUAUUUCUUGAAAUGGUGUUUUUUUUUUUUUUUUUUCUCUUUCCUUUUCUUUUUAUCCCACCCUUUUAGUAUAUUUGGUUUGGAGUUUGAGGGUUGCAAAAAGUCUUUCGACUUUGCAGUUGGAUGUCCCCUCUCCCCGAGAGACUUGUUUUGGUUGUGGUUUGUGGUUUGUGGCUAUGUUGAGGACCACUGGCUAUCAAUAUUGGUGACUGGCUCAUGUUUCUAGAGAGAUCAUGGCUGACCGGUGGUGCGUGAUGAAAUUGUCUAGGACAUGUUAUAGACUCACGGCUCUCGGGUUGACUAGGGGGAGGAUGUGGUCUUGACUCUUGAGGUACACUUUGGUGGAGAACCGGGCAAACAGUCAGGGUGAAGAGCUGUGGGGGUCAGGAUACUUCCUAUGAUCUUUUAUGUACCAUGGCGGACACAAGACGCGAGUAGGCAUGCCUAGGAGUACAGCGUUGAGCUUCCAC